GAGGCGGCGCAGGUGAACCAUUUACCUGUCCUGGUCAAUCCGAAGGAGGUCAAAAGCAGAAGGGUGGAGGCCCGGGAAGCCGUGGGCUCUGGCUACAGCUCUGCCCUUUGGGAUAAAAGGGUAUUUCUUUCCUGUCUUCAGUCCCCCAACUCACUGAAGGCCCAGCUUGGGACAUUCUUCACUUCCCUUCGCUUCCCCUCUGGAAGCCCCUUUCACCACUCCUGCACCUUGCUUCGGGCGAUGCCUGAGAAGGAGCUGUGGCCAGCGGGGCCCGGCUCAGAACCCGUGACCCCCAUCGGCAGCUGUGACAGCAUGAUGAGUGCCACCUCCAGCCGCUCUGGAUCUACUGACAGCUACGACUUCCUGUCUGCUGAAGAGAAGGAGUGUCUGCUCUUCCUGGAGGAAACCAUUGGCUCCUUGGAUGCUGAGGCAGACAGCGGACUAUCCACUGAUGAGUCUGAGCCAGCCAGCACUCCUCGAGGUUUCAGACCACUGCCUGUCACUCAGCUGACUCCCCAGGGAAAGCCAGAGGAAGCGCUCACUCAGCAAGGAGCAGAGCCACAGAGAGUAGCCUUGUCCUCUUCAUCCCGUCCUCCUGAGCCCCUGGGCCCGGGCCUCAGGUCAGGCUCCCACAGCCUCCCUAGAAACAUCCACAUUGGCAGAAACCAGAGCCUCAAGAAAAGCCCUGCCCAGACCAACGGCCACUUCCCCAGAACGGAGCCUGGGAAAGAGCAGACCAGCCAGGGCAGUGAGCCUGGCCAGGUGCUGGCCUGCCCCCAGGGGGCUGCUCUUGACCUGGACGGGGUGCUUAUCCCCCCACCAGAGGCUUUCCAGGACACUCAGCCAGAGCAGGCUAGGAAACACAGCCUGCCAAAGGGACCAGGAGGGCAGAACCACACACCACCUGUGUCCACCAGCUCCCAGAAGAGACAGGAGAGUUCAGAAGCCAUGUCCCAGACGGCCAGUGGGAAAGACUCAUCCGCGGGCCCAGGGCAGCCACCACGGCCUCCUUCUGCCCAGUCCUCUCAGAAUGCACCAUCAGGAGGCGAUCUGCAUGCUGGACCAGCUCCCCUGACAGCUCCCAAGCCCCGGAAACUGCCCCCGAACAUAGUUCUGAAGAGCAGCCGGAGCAGUUUCCACAGCCAACCCCAGCACUGGCUGUCGCGCCACACGGAGACCGGAGACGCCAGUGCGGUCGCCUCUUCCCUGCAGGAGCAGAGGAAAGCACGCAGGGAGGCACUGGAGAAGCUGGGGCUGCCCCAGGACCAAGAUGAACUGGGCCCCCGUGACAGCAAGACGACCACUCCUGGCUCCCUGAGACUCAAGGAGGCUCUGAGGCCUGGCCAAGCCUCAGGGCCAGCCCAGCCAGCAGCUCCAGCUCCCAUCCCUCCAGCUGCUGCUGCUGGAGGAAAGGCUCCAGCUUCGGCACUGGGGCCUUCUCCAAUGAAGUCUGCAGGCUGGGGGUCCUUGCCAAGCAAGGCUCCUCCUCAAGAACCGGCCCAGGGGAAAAUGGCAGCUGCCAACUCCGUGCCUAUUCCUAUCCCAGCAACUCCAAAGACCCACAGCCCCCUGCUUCCAUCAAAGCGAGACUCGGGGCUAACGCUGCAGGAGAGCAGCAUCCCCGGCCUCAGGCAGAUGAGCUUCAAGUCCAACACAUUGGAGCGCUCGGGCGUGGGGCUGAGCGGCUACCUCUCCGCUGAGAAAGACCCCAGCCCCCCAACCAGCAAGUCGCUGGGGAAGGACUCCUUCCUGGACAAGACUUCCCCCAGUGUCUUGCGCAAUUCCCGGCCCCGGCCUGCCUCCCUGGGCACUGGGAAAGACUUUGCAGGCAUCCCUGUGGGAAAGCUGGGUGACCUGGAGCAAGGUCAGAAUUCCAAACGCUUGUCCUACCAAGGCCAGAGCCGUGACAAGCUCCCGAGACCCCCCUGUGUCAGUGUCAAGAUCUCCCCGAAGGGCAUCCACGAUCCACACAGGAGGGAAGCGCUGAAGAAGCUGGGCUUGCUGAAGGAGUAGGCCCUGCUCACCCGGGCCACCAGCUCUGUCCAACCAGCCUGGCUCUGCCUAGGAGCUUUGCAACCUUGCAGCUCAGGCCCUGCACCGGGGCCCGCAUCUCUCCGAUGCUCUCCUCUCUCCAAGGGGAAGAGAGGGAGAGACUUGACACCAAGAAUACGUUUCUAUUCAGAGUGCUUGUACCACUGAGUGCCUGCCCUGAUCACCCUGAAGAUGAGUUGCACAAGUAUGUGUGUGUGUGUGUGUGUAUUCUCACUAACACUAUUUAUAUAGCACAAAAGUCAUUACUGAGAGUUCUAGUCUUGCUGGAGAUUUUCUUAUAAUGGAUACAGUUUAUCCUACUUCAGAAUAGAGGGAGUAGGAGAGGAGAGAGCUUGAGAAGAAAAGUCAAAUGAGAUGAUAGAUGUGAUAGUAAUGUGAAAAACACUACUGUGCAUUAAAGAAAAAGGUCAUGUGAAAUAUAGAACCUUGCGAUAGAUGGAGACAGGCCGAUACCUGGCUAGAUCUCUCUCUC